GGUACGCGGUGAGACGGUUGAGGGGCGUCGUGGUUACCGAGGCUAAAAUGAUAGCGACGGGGCCAUUGCGAAAAGCCCUGCUUUCAGCUGCCGUUUGCCUUUGUCGGAGGAGGGUGCCAUGCUUGGCUAUUCCUUUACAGAGCCGUUCUGUGUUAUUGGCUGACAAAAUUCAUAUCUUACCCCCCCGGCGAUUCCGAGUAGCUGAAAGGUGGUUUUCAGUUGGUCAAGAAUCAAAGACUAUCACACCCCAGGACACUGUGUUCCUCAGUGAUAGCUGUGUUAAGCGCUUACGACAGAUUUUGGAAAAAGGUGAGGCCCUGAGGGUACAAGUUGAAGGAGGAGGCUGCUCAGGAUUCCAGUACAAAUUCACUGUGGAUAAGACAGUAGACCCAGAUGACAGGGUCUUUGAACAGGAUGGAGUUUCACUUGUCGUUGAUUCUGACAGUAUGGAGUACUUGAAGGGAGGGACAGUGGAUUACAGUGAGGAACUAAUCCGAAGCUCAUUUCAAGUGAUCAACAAUCCACAGGCAGAACAUGGAUGUUCUUGUGGGAGUUCCUUUUCCAUCAAGUUGUAAAGUGAGACCUUUGUGUUUCAGUUUUUCUCUGAUCUUCUAUUUAAAAGGUUGCUCAUGAAAUCUGCAAUAACCUGGCCAGGAAAAGACAUUGCUGUGCUUAAAACACAAUGUUGUGUCCUUGUUAAAUAUUGCAGAGAUGACAAAUGCUGAGAGAACACUGCAGUUUGCGUUAUUUAUGCCUUGCAUUGAUACUGUCAAAUAUUUUGAAACUGAAUGUUCUAGUAAUAGCAAAAGUUGUACAAAUAUUUUUUUCUUAACACGAUAUCCCUUUGACUCUUCUAAAUUAAAUAAUAAUGUGAAGGGCAGUGAACAGAUUAAAUAAUUGAGUCUAAAUUGUCUCACCACACCCGAAAAAAACAGCAUAGUAUAUAUUUUAUUAACACUUGUUUGAAGAGGAGUAUCUACCAUGGUGCCUGGCUGCUUCCUGGUGACCUGAUGUGGGUGGAAAUGACCUGUCAAAUUUUAGUCCUUCUCUAACUUGCACUGAUCUUUAACUGCUUGAACAUGUAUUGGCAUUUUUCCCCAACACAGAUAACUAUCUUUGAAGUUAGGUCGUACUCCUCAGUUUCACUUGACCACUCUGUUCUCUUACUAAUAUUGGAAUGUUGUAGGAACUUUAUCAUUUUCUAACACCUUAAUUUGAAAAUGACCCACUAAGUUUGUUUUCAUCCUUUCAGACAAAGAAUGCCACAUCUUGGCAACUAGCUGCAAAAGAAAUUUCUUUGUAGUUCCCUUCUGAUUCUUUUGUGAAUUACCUUCUGGGCCUCUGGUUAUCAACCCUCUUGCCAAUGGAAUUUGUUACUGUGCCUGUUGGCUCUAUCAAAACCCUUCAUAAUUUUGAACACUUGUUGGAUCUCUUUCUGUUUGCCCCCAUCCACCAUAUUUUCUCUCUAUGAGCAACAAUCAGCUUUCUUAGUUUCAACUUGUGUGUUAGAAUCUGUUAAGCCUUCUGACUACUUGCCUCCUGUUUUAAGGUAGUGACUCUAAUCACAAAUUACUCACAUGCACUAGAAAAAUCACGCUAUUGCAAAAUUGUAUUUGGACUUGAAGUUGAUAAAGUCCAAAUGAAUAUUAUCAUGAUAGUAUAAUGAACUUCAUUGUUACUUUUUAAAUUUGUCUUUGUUAAUUUGCAACAAAGCAAAAAGGAUGCUGAACUGAUUUGUCCAGUAUGGUUGUGCCAUUAUCAGAAACUCGCAUGAGGCUAGUCGGCACAGAAUGAAGAACAUGAAGCUUGGAUUUCUGUCCUGACGCCAGCAGUGUUCGUCACAAAGGAAGUGCCUUUUGUGGAAAACUUGCCUUUAUUCUUGUGAUUAUUUUUGUCUGACAAUAGAUGACAAUAGCAGAUGAAAGAUUUGGUUUCAAUCUUAAAGACCUAAACUACUGCCAGUGUUAAUUGAAAAUAAAUUAGGAAUAGUUUCUGGCAUAAAAGAAAUGAACAAAUUAUAGUAUUUAUAUUUAUAAAUUUCAAGCCUAGUUUCCUUGUGCUUUUAUUAAUCUUUCAACUUGACAUCACUUUAAACCCCCUUCACUGUCUGAUUUCCCAGCUUGGUCAUAUUUCAUUCUUAACAUUACUGUUGCCCUUGAAGUGCUGACCAGGUUGUGUAGGUGGAAUUGUUCAUUGAAUCUAUCUAUAGUUUUUCCUCAACCUAGAAUGGCAUGUGAUGUAUCAACUUGCAUUUAUAUAUCACCCUUCAACACAUUCAAAUGUUCAAAGUUGUUUCAUAGGAGUCCUAAAGAAAUUGACAUCCUGCCAGAUAAGACGAUGUUGGGAUAUAUGAGCAAAAACCUGGCCAAAGAAGGAAGUUUCAAGGAUUGUUUAAAGGAUAGAGUAGCAUGUAACUUCUAUUGUUAUAUUUAAAUACAUUAGUGAGAAAAGCAAAUGUACUUGUGAAGUAUUUGAUUUAACCUUGCCAGAGACUCAGGAUCUGACAUCAAAUGGUGUCAACAAAAUGUCACAGGUGGAGUGUCGAUUUACUCUCCCUUACCUUGAUUUCUUUGCCCAUUAGGGUUAGCUGUACAAAAUAGGAAAUUCAUGAAAUGUCCUGCAGUUUCUUACUUAAAAAAAGUCAAAAAUAUUUAACAAUUAGUCCAUCAUUUUUAAAGACAUCUGGUGAGCUUCAGCACUGAUUUAAAAGUGAAAUACUGCAUGACAAUAUGAAAUAAAAAAUGAAAAUCUCAGAAAUUCUGAAUACAUCAAACAGCAAAUGUGGAUAGUGGAAGCCAAUUUGGCAGAGAUUCUGUUGCAUCCCACCGGUUAGUUCCAACAUUUUCUACUCUUGCUUUGAAGCAUCCUUGCUUUCUGAUACAGCAAGUUGGUAAAUGUUAUAAGUUUAGACUAUUUUGCCUUUAAUAGUAGGAAAAGCAGGCAUGGUGUUAGUUCAGCUAUGCUAUGAGAUAUACUAAGUAAAAGGACAUAAGAAGGAUGGGAAGGUAAAAAGAGCUACACGAAAGCAUGUCUGUUGAGGAGCUAGUUAAUAGUGAAAUAUACAGAAAAUAUAAAUGUAAUGCAGCGAGAUAAUAAAGGUCCUACUCUCAAAGGUCCAAUAUAGAAAAGUGGUGAAAAGGGAAAAGUGCUGUACUUUAUUUUUGGCAUCGUUCUUAUUUUUUUGCAGUUACCUCACUAUCAGGCAGAUAAUACGGAGCUUUCCAUCCCUGCAAUGCUCUGUUCUAUUCAUCUGGCUUGUAUUACAAAUAGGUACAUUCAGACUUUGAAAUCAGGCUUGUUAUUCCCUCAACAGCCUGUAGUGUUUCAGAAAGCAAAACCUUGUUCAAAUAAAAUUAAUGUCUAAGAUUUUGGGGAGUCGGACUUUACUUCCCUGUCUUUUUAUCUCAGAAACAGAAAAAUAAGCCAUGACAGAGUUCAACAUUUGUGUUUUAAUGUUCCAGACAAAAAGACAAAGUUUUUUUGUGGUUGUCAUAAUAACAAGUUGUAAAAUUGUAUAUACUUUUUGUGAUCAAUAGUAAAGGCUAAUGGAAUGUGCACUUCAGACUUAUUUUAAUAUGUAUCGAGAAUGCCAGCUGGUUGUGGGGUAGUAGCUUCUGCACUCUUAGCAAGACGUAUAAUGUGCAAUUCAUGUCG